CGCAAAAGGCGAGAGAUUUGAAAAGUCGUAACGAAAUUUUUUAUUAAUUUAGUUAACUGAUUGUUGGAUCACGUCUGAAAAUUCUUAUUCUAUAUUUUACCAAAUAUACAAAACUUCAGUUCCUAUCCGUAAAUUAUUGGGCGCGUAUUAAUUGAGGUGAAAAAAUGGCACUCGAAAUCAAAGAACUUCUAUUUUUUAUGAUCUUUAUCAUUAGUAACGUAAACAGUAAGCCUGUACAGUCUCAACUCGACAAGUUAGCCUUGGAAAAUUUUCUACAGUAUCUGAGAAUUCCUUCGGUCCAACCUGAUGUUAAUUACGAUGAUUGUGUUGCAUUUUUAAAAAAACAAGCUCAAUCUUUGGAUCUUCCACUAAAGGUUUUCCAACCAGUUCUUGGAAAACCAAUAGUUGUUAUGACAUGGCAAGGUUUGGAACCAGAAAAACCGUCGAUUUUAUUAAACAGUCACAUGGACGUGGUACCGGUGUACCCUGCUGAAUGGAAAUAUCCACCCUUCGCAGCCCAUAUGGACGAAGAAGGAAAUAUUUAUGCCCGAGGAAGUCAAGACACCAAAAGUCUCGGCAUUCAACAUAUAGAAACAAUCCGCCGAUUAAAAUUGAAUGGAAUUCGAUUAAAAAGGACCAUUCACAUCUCAUUCGUACCAGAUGAAGAAAUUGGUGGAAAAAAUGGAAUGAAACCUUUCGUAGCAACUGAGGAUUUCAAAAAUUUAAAUAUUGGUUUUUCUCUAGACGAGGCUGGUGCUUCUCCGGAUGAUAAAUUCGUUCUGGCUUAUGGAGAAAAGACAGUAUUACAAUUAUGGGUAAAUUGUACCGGUAAACCUGGCCAUGGUUCAAUAUUGUUUGACAAUACUGCUGGUGAAAAAUUACGAAAUGUCAUCGAUAGAUUCAUGGACUUCAGAGCUUCAGAAAAGGCAAAAUUAAAAGAUCCGAAAGUACAGCCUGGCGAAGUUACUUCAGUGAAUUUGGAUAUGAUUCGAGGUGGUAUUCAAGUGAAUGUGGUACCAAACGAACUUUCUGUUGCUUUUGACAUUCGAAUUGCACCUGAUGUUAAUCACACAAAGUUCGAAAAUAUGAUUAAAGGAUGGUUAAAAGAAGCUGGAGAGGGUGUUAAUUAUACUAUUAUACAAAAAGAUCCACCUGUGAAAAAUACAAAAUUGGAUGAAAGCAAUAUUUUCUGGUUGGCUUUUAAAAAGGCUUGUGAUAAUAAUGGCUUUAUUUUAAAUCCCCGGAUUACAUCAGGUGCUUCAGAUGCACGCUACCUAAGAGAACUCGGAAUCCCAGCUCUUGGAUUUUCAGCAAUAAAUAAUACACCGCUACUUCUUCAUGAAAAUAAUGAAUAUCUGAAUAGGGACAUUUUUCUCAACGGAAUUAACGUAUUCAUGAAAAUUAUACCAGCUGUAGCAAAUGCUUGACGAAGGAUCAUUCAUUUAUGAAUAGUUCAGGUUUCUAGGGAUUUAAUUAAUAUGAUGAAUUUCCAAAGUUUUAUUGUAAUAUUCUU